UGCACAGGCAAGGGACUGCGGCGGAGCAGGAUGGAGAUCCCGGUGCCCGUGCAGCCGACCUGGCUGCGCCGCGCCUCGGCUCCCUUGCCUGGAUUUUCUGCACCGGGACGCCUCUUUGAUCAGCGCUUCGGCGAGGGGCUGCUUGAGGCCGAGCUGGCCUCGCUCUGCCCUGCCGCCUUCGCCCCCUACUAUCUGCGCGCGCCCAGCGUGGCGCUGCCCACCUCUCAGGCGCCGUCGGACCCCGGGCAUUUCUCGGUGUUGCUGGACGUGAAGCAUUUCUCGCCGGAGGAGAUUGCUGUCAAGGUGGUUGGUGACCACGUGGAGGUGCACGCCCGCCACGAGGAGCGCCCGGACGAGCACGGAUUCAUCGCACGCGAGUUCCACCGCCGCUACCGAUUGCCACCGGGCGUGGACCCUAACGCCGUGACAUCUGCGUUAUCACCCGAGGGCGUACUGUCCAUCCAGGCUGCACCAGCGUCUGCGCAGGCCCCGCUGCCGCCAGCACCUGCCGCCAAGUAGGGCUUUCAGGCAUGCCUGAACCCGAGGAGCCUCUUGGGGCUCCUGCUCUUAAAGCCGAUUUAAUCUGACUCCGCCCAGCCAGAAAUCCCAAGCACGCCGACCAUUCCCGACAAAAUCAAGAAGCCUGCCUUGCCCCCUCACCCUAGAUGACACCCACACCCCCACUAUCCGACCCCAGCCCCUCACUCCCUACAGUCUCGCAUCUGCACUGACCCCACUAACUUGGCACUUCCCACUCAACUUCUCCUAACCACUCCAUAAAGACACCCCACAUCCCAUCCUCAGUCUUUGCAGUGUAGAUGGCGCCGCCCAGACCCUAGGCUAGCCCAGCAUAAUCCCCCAGCCAGUGUGUUCCCAGGCUUCAGGACCCUCCCACACACCCCACUAGAUGGCCCACCCUCCUGCAGCCCAUUUCUGACUUAAACCCCAGGCUCUUGAAUGAAUCCCUGACUGUCCACCUGGAAAGACCUAUCCUAAUCCAACCAGCACCCCAAGCCUCAAACUGUACAGACACCCCUCAAGCUCUCCAGACUGCAUAAGUGCCCUGGGACUCCUCCCCAUGCCCUCCAGUAGCUCUGACUCCCAGAUCUCCAACAAGAUAUCCUGGGCAGCUCCUUCCCCACACUACCCACCACACUGUCUUGUCCAGACCCCAACAAACAACCACUAUGGUUUCCUGCGACCUUUUGUCCUCUUUGCAGUACCCACCUGCCGCCUGAUCCCGACUCCUCUCCAAGGCUUGCCCCCUUCAAUAAACAGGCUAGAGCUGUG